UACUUAUAUCGAAGCCGGUCUUUCUGACAGGCACGAAAAGCAGUUUGUUUUGAAACAAACGUGACUUUCUUUUUCAUCUUUUUGUUUUGUAAUUAAGUAUAGGAAUAGAAUAUAAACAUUCAGGUGUAAUUUCGGGGAGUCGACUGUGUGUGGAAUUUACCUAGUUGACCCUGUAACAACAUCAUGGGUGUCAUAGUUUUACAACUGUUUGCUGUUCCUGAAGGCAAGUCCGGUCCUCAGGUUAUUGAAAUGUUGACCAAACGGGCCAUUGCUCUGGGAGCUGUUCUUAGUGGAUCCUUCAUCGUGGAUUGUGAAACUUACAGUUCUACUGCAUCAUUGGGAGCGCCGAGAUCGGUGCAUUUGCUGCACAAUUCCGAGACGCCGGCCUCCGUGUUCGCUCUGCUGGAGGCGGCCAGCGGCAACAAGACGGUGGCCCUGGUGGCCGACAACUUGUUCGACCUGCUCAUGCUCAAGCUCUCCAAUUUCUACACGGCCAAGAAGCAGACCAAGAUCGAAUCGAGAGGGCCGCGCUUCGAAGCCGGAGACUUCCUCGUCAAGCUCGGCUCCGUCACCAUGGGACCGGCCUUCAAGGGCAUCCUAGUCGAGGUGGAAUAUCAAGCGUGCAGUCUGCCGGCCGCCUGUUGGGAUCUGAUCCGCGAGUUCAUGCAGGGCUUCUUGGGCGGUUGCGUCCCAUCUACUCCGCCUCCGUACAUCCAGAGCCGAUUCGGCGACAUGCUGGGCACUAUCGACGGCAUCAAUCAGUACCUGGAGCAGUUCAACGCUUUCCGCAAAACCACCGGCAUCCGAUAGAUCGA